AUGACGCUUCUGAAGGGCUUCCACAAGCUUCCGCACGAGCUUCGAGACCAGAUCUACGAAGAAUACUUCACCCUUGAAGGUGGGUACAGAUACAACCAUAAGACAAACAAGCUACUUACAGCGAAGGGCGAGGCAAUUCAUCUCAGCAUUAGGUUGGCCAGCCGCCAAAUAGCUGUUGAGACUCGUGGGCUGGCGCUCAAGCUAAACACAAUUAGCUUCUCAACAGUGUUCGAUGAGGAUCUCCGCGAACGAGCCGGGCACUUCAACAGUCUCCUCACGAUGAUUAGCGACCUGAAAUCCAAGUACCUCGUAUGGCGGUCAUCACGCUCUGGCUUGAUCGAUGAUGGAGUACGCGACUACGUAGAAGACCACUUCCCCGAGUUCCUGCCAGUCAUUCGAACAAUGCAACUAUCAGACAUCAACAAUAGUGAUAGCAACUCCUGGAAAGAGUCACCAUCUCAAAGUCGACGAUUCAUUGCCUCCACACUGAAGACUAUCGCGAAACAACCUUGUUUUGGAGAAGUCAUAGAGCGACAUUCGUACUGGACUGCGCCAGGUUCUGAGCCAGGUCCUGAUCCAAUGGCAGUAAUAUCAUGCGAGCAUUCGCCAUGGAUACUUCCGAGCAGCGAGACGAUUUCUGCCAUGCGCGAAAUCAUGUUGCCCUACCCAGUCGAGCUCAGUCGUCGUAGACAAGGAAGCUACUGGACCAGGGAGAAGUACCGGUUCUCAGCCGCGACUAUAGCUAUUGCGUUCUUAGGCUCUAUCUCUACGGAAACGCGACUUAGUAUACGUAAGAUACUACUACUUGAAGACCACACUAGUGUCGCAUGGCCCGAAUGCCAUGGCCAAGGCUUGGUCACAUACUGUCAAGAGAAUCUCAAAUUACGCAUAGAACGUAGGGUUGGCCUGUGGAGAGCCUGCCUACCCGCCGCAUCCACCCCCCUUCAUGCCAUCACCGGUAGGGCGCUUGCAUACUUACGAGAAUACAAGUAUGAUCGGAUCACUGCGAGCAUCGUCAGCCGAGGGGAGAUGCGCCACGGCGGUAUGGCUGAUUGGAUCAUGGAAGUCAUGGCAUUAGAGAGCUUGGGCAUGCCCCAGAACUCCUUCACCCUGAUCAUAGACGGUGCGGCAGUGCCGGAUGGAUCGACACAGGUCUUCGAUGUUCUACAGCGCGACGCUGCAUGGCAGUCGGCUUUUCAGCGGUGCGUAAUCGAUGCAAUCGAUUGGCCAAAUCCGCACAUGUGGCUGAGGUGCCGGGAGAAUCUCGCGUACGUCAUGAGAGGUUUUCCUGAAGCCCUGCAGGCGAUAAGCGAUCACAAGUCAUCAGUCAAGUGCAACUUCGAUACUGGCCUUGUACGCGAUGUCGACCAAGUCGUGGCUCUGGGGCGUUCUUGGACUACUGACGAGUGGCUUGUUAAUUGGCGGGAGAUUGGCGAUCAGGCCGACAUCCACACCAGUGCGCCAUUGCCGAGCUGGCUUGAUCUUCGCUGGGAAGAUCUACUGGAAGGUGAAAGUAUGGACUAA